AAACAGUAGGCAAUCUGAAUUGAUCACUACUUACUAAAAAGGUACAUACAUAGUACAUCCACCCAUAUCCAUACCUUGACUACUUUUUUUUGACCUUCCAGUCUUGUAUUGUUGGAUGCUACGAUUUCGGCAACUAUUCAAAAUGGCCGACGAAACUAUCGCAAAGAAAAUCAAGACCUCGCCAUUGAUUGGAACCCAUAGCGGCCAUUUUCAUGCCGACGAGGCCCUCGCGGUCUAUCUUCUCCGACAACUCCCCACCUACUCUGCCUCUCCCCUCGUCCGCACCAGAGAUCCGGCACAACUGGCAACCUGCCACACUGUUGUUGACGUAGGUGGAGAAUAUGACCCUGCCAACAACCGCUAUGAUCACCACCAACGUGACUUCUCGACGACCUUCCCCAACCGCAAUACUAAGCUAUCCUCGGCUGGCUUAGUAUAUAUGCAUUUUGGUCGAGCGAUCAUUGCUGAAUAUACAUCCUUGCCAGUGGAUCACGACGACGUGAACUUGUUGUACGAGAAACUUUAUACGGAUUUUAUCGAAGCAAUUGACGCCAAUGACAAUGGUAUCGCAGCCUACGACCCAGCCGAAAUUUCCGCCGCCAACAUUGAGAAACGCUUCAAGGAUGGUGCCGUCACCAUCACAUCCGUGGUAGGUGACAUGAACGACCCUGACCCGACUUGCCCGCCCGGGGAGCCUCAAGACGAGGACAGUCUCUUUGGCCGAGCAAGUACUUUCAUUGGAAACGUUUUCAUCCGCAAAUUACACCGCGCCAGUACAUCCUGGCUACCUGCACGCACUACUGUUGGAAAUGCCUACCGUUCCCGCCGUGACGUCCAUCCUUCCGGCCGUAUCAUUAUUCUUCCCCAGGGUGGUAUUCCAUGGAAAGAGCACCUGUAUAACUUCGAAAAAGAUGCGUCGGGAUCCAAUGGGACCAAGCCGGAGGAAGAGGCUUAUUAUGUUCUUUACCCCGAAAGUGCUACUGAAGGAUCUAAAUGGCGCGUUCAGUGCGUGUCGGUGAAUGAAAGUAGUUUUGUUUCCCGGAACCCACUGCCAGAGAGCUGGCGUGGUGUCCGCGAUGCGGACCUUGACGGGGUUAUGACUGCAGAAGCCGAGAAAACCGGCAAGCCCAAGAUCCCUGAGGGUGCGGUCUUUGUCCACGCGAGCGGUUUCAUCGGCGGCCAUAAGACCAAGGAAGGCGCAUAUGCCAUGGCGGUCCGAGCCUUGGAACAAUAAGUGAUUAUCUUUAUUUUAUUUCCCCCUUCUAAUGUGAUGCUGGCGGUGGUACGGUCGAUAACCUAUAGCAUACUCUGAGAUAUCGCUGUGCUAUACUACGGUUCGACAG